AUGGUGUUGCCUACCACGGCAUGUGCCUUUCCCAGCUCCUCAAAGAGUCCAGAGUCCCACUCGUUGGUCGUUACCCAGGUGAUGAGGAAAGAAUUGCUGGUCAACUCAACACCAACAAAGAGUAAAAAAUGUGUAGUGGCACCUUUUGCGACACACUUGAGCGCUCGAACAAUAACUCACUCACUCUCAAGGACACCUCAACUGUACAUUCCAAAA